AAUUGACCCUUCAUCAUCAGCCUGUUUCCGCCAUCCGACAUCUGCUCCAGUGAAUUCAAAUUUGGGUUCACCAAACCCUAGAUAAUCUACCUUCUCGCUCUAAAGAUUUGUAAUGCGGAGGGGUACUAAGAGGAAGACUACUGUCAAUGAUAAAGCUCCGAAGGAGACGACACAGCCUAUCGAGGAGAAUGAGAAGAAUGAGCCGAGCCAAUCGGCUGUGGUAAGCAAGGACGACCAGAGAAAGUCUGAAGAGAAUCACAUAGAGCUAAACGAGCCAGCUCGGGAGGAGCUGAGCGAAAAAGUGGAUGAGGAACCGAAUAAGAAAGCUGCUAAAGGUAGAGCUAAGAAAGCCAAGACUUUGAAGCCGGAGGUGGAGGAAGAGUAUUUUCCUGACAAGAGGAAUUUGGAAGACCUAUGGAAACAGGUUUUUCCAGUUGGCACGGAGUGGGAUCAGCUGGACAUGGUGUAUCAAUACAAUUGGAACUUCUCAAAUUUAGAAGAUGCAUUUGAAGAAGGUGGACUGUUAUACAAUCAAAAGGUCUACCUUUUCGGAUGUACAGAGCCACAAUUGGUCUCUUUCCAGGGUCAAGGGAAAGUUACAAUGAUUCCUGUUGUGGUUGCUGUGGUGUCACCCUUUCCUCCUUCAGACAAAAUUGGCAUUAAAUCAGUGCAGAGGGAGACAGAAGAAAUUUUGCCUAUGAAACAGAUGAAAAUGGACUGGGUUCCAUUCAUCCCAUUGGAAAAUAGGGCUUCUCAAGUUGAAAGACUUAAAUCCCAAAUUUUUAUUUUGAGUUGCACCCAGAGAAGGGCUGGUUUAAAACAAUUGAAGUUGGACCGCGUGAAGAAGUUCGAGUAUUGCUUACCUUACUUCUACCAGCCUCUCCAGGAAGAUGAACUCGAACAGAGCACAGUGGUUCAGAUCUUAUUUCCUAUAGAUCCCAAGCCAGUUUUCUGCGAGUUUGAUUGGGAACUUGAUGAACUUGAGGAGUUCACAGAUAAGCUUAUUGAGGAAGAAGAGUUGUCUACAGAUCAAAAAGAUGCUUUCAAGGAUUUUGUGAAAGAGAAAGUUCGAGAAGCAAAAAAAGCUAACCGUGAGGCAAGGGAAGCUCGUAGAAAGGCCUUGGAAGAAAUGAGCACAGAAGUGAAGGCUGCAUUUGAGAAUAUGAAGUUCUACAAAUUCUAUCCUGUGUCCACACCUGAUACUCCUGAUGUAUCAGGUGUCAAGGCUCCAUUCAUCAACAGAUACUAUGGGAAGGCACACAAAAUUCUCUGAAUGAUUUUGUCAAGCACGGUUUUUGUAUGGAGAGAAUCUUUUACCCUGGACCACUUGCUGUGGUAAAUCGGAUCUUCCGAAAGAAUCAAAGUUGCAGUAUGAAAUUUCUUACCCUGAUUAAAAUCUAAGCUUGAAUCAGGUUUAGACUAGUAGAGGAAAUAGGGUAAAAAUGAGAACUUAAUUACUUAUUCAUACCUUUUAUUAUGUUAUUAGCAGGAAACACAAUGAAUGUCCUUGGCUCUAAAUUUUGGUCAUAAUUUUUGAACAUUGUUAAUUAUC